GCUUUGCAGACGUCCUUGCAGGGGAGGAGCUCCUGGAGGCACCCGCUGAAGCAAGACGCCUCACAAACAAAAGUUCAAGGCUUUGUGUCUGCUCUCUGGAUUAGAGCCUCUGCUCCAAAGAAGCCCAUCCUUGACAGGGAGAAAGGAAGCAAAAACUUUUGCCGUGCAUCACAGCUGCCUGCAGAUCACAGCUGCCUGAUGAUUUCCACAGCAGCUUGGGCACUCAAGGCAGGAAUAUGAGCUGCGUGGAUGCUGUUGGGUCCGGCAGCCCUCGCUCCCCUGCGGCCGCUCAGCCAGCGCAGCGCUCCGCGCCGGGCGCACCGCGCCGCUCCUGCCGCGCUCUGCCAGCUGACAGCCAGGACACACACACCCUCUGAAGUUUGGUGCAUGCUGUGCGCCUUUUUUUUUAUUUGCUGCAACAAGAAAAGCCUUUUCUUUUAACCCGGCUUCCUUUGAAGAAGUAACUCAGGAAGCUUCAUGGCUUCUCAAGAAUCUAAGGGACAAACCAAACUAAUCUUUAAGGAUUACCUCCCUGGUUCUUCUGACAUUCCUCAGCAGAAUAUGCCUGUUGAACCAACAAGUCUCUGGAAGCAAACAUCACACACACAUAAUUUGCCACCUGGUCUGGAGUACCUAAACCAGCUGGACCAAAUAAUUAUUCAUCAGCAAGUGGAGCUUCUGGAAGCCAUACUUGGCACAGAGACUUCCAGCAAAUACGAGAUAAAAAACCCCUUGGGACAAAGAGUUUACUUUGCAGUGGAAGAGAACGGCUGCUUUGACCGCAGGCUGUGCUCGCCCCUCAGGCCCUUCACCAUCAGGAUUGCGGAUAACGCGGGCCGCGAGGUGAUCCGCGUCAUCAGGCCCCUGAGGUGCAACAGCUGCUGCUUCCCCUGCUUCCUGCAGCAGUUAGAAGUUCAGUCUCCACCAGGUACAAUAGCUGGGUACGUUGUACAGAACUGGGACCCUUUUCUGCCAAAGUUUACUAUACAGAAUGAAAGUAAAGAAGAUGUGCUAAAAAUAAUUGGCCCAUAUGCAACCUGUGGCUGUUUUGAAGAUGUUGACUUUGAGGUAAAAGCUCUCAAUGAGAUGACAACGAUCGGCAAAAUUUCCAAGUAUUGGUCUGGAUUUGUCAACAAUGUCUUCACCAACACUGCCAACUUUGGGAUCCAGGUCCCUGUAGAUCUCGACGUGAGGAUCAAGGCAGUCAUGAUUGGUGCUUGUUUCCUCAUUGACUUAAUGUUCUUUGAAAACUCUUUGGAUGGAUUAUAACAAGAUGACAGAAACAAUGAAAUAUGCAGAAUGUGUUUCAGUAGGUAAAAAUGAACAUAAAUUGAUCUUCUUGCUUUGAAGGCUUGUACAUUUCUAAUUCUUUUUCAUUUUCUUCCAGAAAUUGCUUGAGCUUUGGACAUGAUUUUGAACUACAAAAACCCUUGUUCCUUAUAGGAAAAGACAGGGAGCUAAUGAUGAUGUUUAUUAAAAUAUGUCUCAUGUAAAUAAUAAUUUUCCACUUAUAUUUUUAUGUGUUAUAGCUAAACACAUACUUUUCACACAGAGCACUGUUGCUUUGGAACAGUGUUAUUCUCUUCUUUCUCUUUUGAUGUUCCUGCAUGGGAAAUCUUGAAAGAUUCGAUGAAGGCUUGCAGCAUCACUGAUGAAAGUCUAUGUUUAGAGAAGCCUUUGAUGUUUUGCAAGUGCUGGUACCAGUUUCUAACCACAUGAGGGUGUGUUCUGGGGGUUUUGCUUUUUUGUAAUUUUAAAAGUAAUUUUCUGAUUUGUUAUUUAAUUAAUAGUAGCAAACUGAUUUGAAAGUAACAAAUAUAAAGACAUACCCGAUGGGAAGUUUAAGAUGUUAUCUGUUUCAGUGAGUUGGAAGAAUGGAAGUUAUGUUCGCUAGUAAAUUAAUUUUGUGACAAAGAUUGUUUUAAUGAGUGGCAGCCAGAAAUUAGGCUUCCAGCCCUAGACUUGGGAAUGUAAGUUCUAUUCUGAAAAUCUGGUCUUCCACUAUUUGCACUGAAGGCAGGCCAUAGAUAAAGUUUGAGCGAUGGUCCUCUGUGUGCUGGAGGCUCACAAAUCCCUUCCCUUUGUACUAGCCAGUGUUAGGGAUCCUUGCUGCCAUCUGCUCAAGACGUCCCUGAAAAAGUUUGUUCCUCUUUGUAAUAUCUUGUGGCUGAUAAUUUUUCAUUCAGACUUGCCUGAGGCCAUCCUAGAACAGAAUUAUUCUUUUCCUUUGGCAAGCUCAGGUAUUUUCUAUGAUGACUGGGCAGAAGGAGCUUUUUGCAGCUCAGCAGUUUCACAUGGUUGUUCAUUCCUUCAGCCACGCCUCAUCAUACUGUUCCCAAACAUUUCCACCAGCUUUUGAUAAUACAAACUUCCUUUGUAGGAAUGAUAUAUACGCAAGACAUAAACAGAUUUUUUUUGCUGUUGUGGAAAUUAUUUGCUGUAUGAACUUGAUUAUGCCUCUGAAAAACUCCCUUCAAGAAGGAAACCAGUACCGUAAAAUAUUGGUGGCAAACCCAAUUGCUCUCAUAGUCACCAGUCAAGAUUUUAACGGGAACAUUUUACAAAUCACUAGAAAUGCUGGAUUUUUCUUCUUUUUUUUUUAGUGUCAACCAGUAAUUCAAUUCUUGAAAACAACCAACACAUCAACGGAAAGAGAGGAGAUAAUGAAUAAUUCAUAAAAAUGAAAAAGAGCUAAAUUUAUCAGGUGAUUACUUCUCAACAAAUAUUUAGACUAAUUUUAAAUUAAUGUUCAUGGAUAUGAAUUCAAACACAGUGAAGUCAGGAAGUUGCAACUAACGUUCCCAUAGUGAAAUUAACUCAGGAAUGCUUAUAGAUUUAAACAGUAUGUUUUAGAUUAUAUACCACACUUAGGUAUUUAUACAGAUUUACAUAUGUCUUGAAAAUAAUUGUGGUUAACAAGCUCUGACAAUCAUCAUUAUCUGUUAACCAUUUCACUUCUGGCUCUCGCUGUGACUCGUAGCAGUGCAAUCAGGCUGCACGAAUUGGGAGCUCACAGGGAACCUCUGCUGCCACCUUUCCCAGGAGGAAGCGCCCUGCGAGCUUCGUGGGCCAGAAGCUCCCUCGUGUGGAAAUCCCGGAAUUUGCAGAGGAAUACCGAAUUUGCAGAGGAAUACCGAAUUUGCAGAGGAAUACAGGAUGCUUUUAGCUGUUCUCACUGUUCUCACACUGGUGCCGUUCUGUUAAAUGCAGGACGUGUGUGCCUGACUGUAGACUGAGAAAAAGAACCAGAUUUUUUUUUUCUCUUUAAAUCCCUUUGCCAUCUUAGACAGAAGUCACUGCUCUUGUAACCCAUAAUCUUGGCUCUCGUGCACUGUUACUGAGCUGUGUGUGUCUGAACACUCGACUGUAUUCAGUGCCUUAAGAUCAGCAGGCACUGAAUCACCUAUCUUCCACUUUUCCCCUUCAAUUUCCAGUCUUCUUGUGGCCCUUAACAAGCCAAAGAUGUCUCUAAGCAAAUGUGUCCAGCCUCAUUGAAGUCAACACAAAAUAAGGUUUUAUUUACCCACAGAGCUGAACUUGGCUGUGUGUCCAUGCAUAUACCUUGUAGGUAAGCAAUACGUGCAUAUAAUUUUCAAUUAGUUUCCACCAGAUGAUAACACUGGAUUUCUCACACUUAGUGACUUUGUUGCUUUUUUUGUGUUAAUACAAAGGUUUUUUGCUGCUAAUGUGUAUGUAUAUGAGUAUGUUUGAAUGCCUCUGUUUACACUCAGGGGCAGCUUCUGGGACAUACAAGAGCAGGCUCGUCCCCUGGAUAAAACAAGCAGUAGGGCUGGGACAGCUCUUGAUGCUUAGAACUCCCUCAGCAGGCUGCUUGACCUCUGUGCUACCCUUCAGCAUCCUGGUGGAAAUUCAGUGCCAACACGAGUGCUUUUCCAGCUGGGAGGUUGCUCCUCUAUAUCAAAGCUGCCACACAGGGCAGGUAUCCAUCCUCAGCAGAGUUCAUGGAUUCUGCGUGAUAUUGCUAAAGAAGAGCUAAUGUGUUCUAAGAUCUUAAUAACCUGCAGCUCUAACUAAUAACUCUUUCUUAUUAAUAGCAAUGUGUUUCACGUUAUGGGAGCUACAUAUGCUCACUUUUCACAAUUCUCCCACGGGCUAGGAGUGGUCCCAAAGGAGAAUUCAGAAUCUCCCAAAGGGUCACAAUGUUUUUCUAAAGCAAAUUCAUGUCUUGGACAUCAUCUAGAAAGAACUGUGAUUGCUCUAAAGAAACAGAAAUUUUACUUAAUCCAGCCAAGCAAAUAUUUCAGAUCAGUAGCCAAAGUGUAAAUCUGUCUCGUUCACACUCCUUGUGUUCAGUAGAUGGCAGCAACAGCUCAUUAUGACAGUAUUUAGCUUUUCACACAUCAUCCUUUUUCCACCCAGGAUGCUGAUGGAAGUUCAACAUACCUUUAACCUCUAAUUAAAUUCUACUCUUAAAGGAAGGAUUUUAUUUUCUCUGUCUGAUAUUAAACCUUUGCCACACAAUACUAGAUUAUCUUUAUUGCUUGCAAGUUAUGGCUGAACUAUUAGUUAUUUUAUGAGAUCUGGUCAGGGCAUGGGCAGAAUAGAGUCUACCACAAAGUGAACUCCUCUGGUCAGUCCCCAACCUAUUUUUUUUGCACUGGAGCAUCCCUCCAGCUUCUGCAGGUGGACAGGUGAGAAACCCCAGCCCCAGGACGCUCCCCACCUUCUGCAGAAACAGAUGGUGAUGUUAAAGGAGAGUGCUGUGUGGUGGUGUACCUGGAAAGGUAAAAGGUUUCUCUGGUAAAAGGUCAUAUCAUGAUGGUCUGUCAUUGUGUACUGGGGCAAAGGGGGGGAAAUCUCCUGUAGUGCCACAAACCCAGGUGGCACUAGCACGUGGGGAGAAGUUGGUUUGCCCAUGGGAAGGUCAGACACUUCCUGUAAGAGAGUGAAAACACAGAGUCACUGAAGGUUCUGAGAUUCUUUGGUUGUCUGAUAAUUUGGUGGAUGCAAAAGUACUUCUCUUCAUAGACUUUGCUGUCUGUAUUAAAAAAAAAAAAAUCUUUCUGUGUCAAUUUGGUUAUUUGUUGGAAUAGACAAACCUGGAAAAGAUCCAAAAUGCAUAUUUUCUAAUAGAGUUGUCUAAAUGAAGCUGUUUAGGGGAAAAAACAAAAACAAAAACAAAAGAAAUUUCCUCCUUCUGACCCUCAGUUGUAUUGGUUUCUUUUCAAUUAGAAUGUUAUAUUCUGUGUUAGAAUUAUAAAUCCUAGUUUAAUUCAACUCAAGGUGAGUAUUGAAGGAAAAAUUACCUGCAAGUCAUUUCAUCGGGACUCAUUACCUUGAUGGGGUUUUCCACUUUAUGAUACUCAUUUGAAGGACUUGUUUUUCCCUGUUCCAGUCACAUUAGGUAAGUGCUCUAUUUACACUUCUUAUGUUUUGUAUUAGAAAAACUCAUACACAGCAACAACCAAAUCACAAAACAUCCUGCAAGCUUCUGUUACAGACAUUGCUCUGUGAGAAAUACCUGUUUCUAUCUAGAAAUGACCAUGGGCAUUUUCUCUUUCUGCCCCCUCCAGAUCAUAGAAUCACAGAAUGGUUUGGAUUGGAAGAAACCUUAAAGAUCACUUAGUUCCACCUCCCUGCCAUGGGCAGGGACACUUUUCACUAGACCACGUUG